UUGGAGAAGAAGUGGUAUACCAGUCCUGAGCAGUUCAGUGAGGGUGGCUGCACAUUUUCAUCAAACAUCUACUGCCUGGGGGUUCUUCUCUUUGAGUUGCUUAGCUCAUUUGACUGUGAAAGGUCUCAUGCAGCUGCACUGCUGGAUCUUCGCCAUAGGAUUCUUCCCUCUUGUUUCCUGUCAGAGCAUCCCAAAGAAGCUGGAUUUUGUCUUUGGUUGCUUCAUCCAGAACCUUCAGCACGUCCAACAACAAGGGAAAUUUUACAGUCUGAAGUUAUUGGUGGUAUUAAAGAAUUACCUGGAGAUGUAUCACUGUCGUCUAUUCACGAAGAGGAAUCUGAGUCAGAGUUGUUGUUGUACUUCCUCAUGUCACUGAAAGAUCAAAAGCAGAAGGAUGCCUCAAAGCUAGUGGAAGAAGUCAAAUGUUUAGAAGCAGAUGUCCAAGAGGUUCAGAGGCGCCAAAGCAGCAAAGCCCCUUGUUCGUCCUCACACCAGAAAUCUCUUGUUUUGUGGGAUAGCAGGUUUAUUCGGAAAGGAGUAUCAAGUUCGGAUGUGUAUCCGAAGCUUCCACCUGAUUGUGAGAAUGAAACUAGAUUGAUCAAGAAUAUCAGGCAGCUUGAAAGUGCUUACUUCUCUACGCGAUCCAAUAUUCAGCCUUCUGAUGACGUUGCCAUGGUCCGCAGAACUGAAGAAAUCUUUAAUAAUCAGGAGAACUUUGUCUCAACAGGAAAUGAUAAUGAGAAGUAUAGACCCACAGAUCGGGUUGGGGAUUUUUUUGAUGGCUUAUGCAAGUAUGCUCGGUAUAGCAAGUUCAGAGUAAGGGGAAUAUUAAGAAAUGCAGAUCUGAAUAACUCUGCAAAUGUCAUAUGCUCUCUAAGCUUUGACAGGGAUGAGGAAUAUUUAGCUGCUGGUGGGGUAUCGAAGAAAAUUAAAGUAUUUGAGUAUCAUGCCCUCUUUAAUGAUUCUGUUGACAUUCAUUACCCAGUUAUCGAGAUGUCAAACAAAUCUAAGCUCAGCUGCAUUUGCUGGAACAGCUAUAUCAGGAACUAUCUGGCUACCACUGACUAUGAUGGUGCUGUUAAGUUAUGGGAUGCGUCUACUGGUCAAGCUUUUUCGCAUUUGACUGAGCAUAAUGAAAGGGCAUGGUCGGUAGAUUUUUCUCGUGUGGAUCCCACAAAGUUAGCCAGUGGAAGUGACGAUCAUUUGGUGAAACUUUGGAGCAUCAACGAG